GACCACUACGAUCACCUCGACUUAGGCAGUGUCCAGGCGCUGAACACCCGGUUCGGGUCACACUUACAUUGGUUUGUGCCGUCAGGACUGAAGGGGUGGAUGAGAGGUGCGGUGGGUGUGACUCGCAAUGUGGUAGAACUCGAGUGGUGGCAAAGCGCUCGCAUACCGUCCAAACCGGACGUCCAGUUCGUGAUGACUCCGGCCCAACACUGGACGGGUAGGGGUCUGACAGAUGAGCGCCGGGUUCUGUGGGGCAGUUGGGCUGUCGUCGGACCGAAACAUCGAUUUUUCUUCGCCGGCGACACCGCCUAUUGUCCGGUGUUUAAGCAAAUCGGGGAAAUGUAUGGACCCUUUGAUUUGGCCGCUAUACCUAUCGGCGCGUAUGAGCCCCGGUGGCUAAUUGAGUCGGAGCACGUGGACCCCGAACAGGCCGUCCAAAUACACGAAGACAUUGGAAGUAAAUUGAGUGUAGGAGUGCAUUGGGGAACGUUCGCAUUGGCACACGAGGUAUGA